CCUGCCGAGGAGGGGACAAACAUGGCAGCUCGUGCCUAAUCUUUAUUUCUCCGUUUUCCUCGCGCUUCGACCGUGCGGCCGUGCAGCGGGCGAACGGAACGUGCCGGUCAGAGAGCCACGUUUGCGCGCAGCGGGGAAUGGCCGCCGGCGGCUCGCGCGGUGGGCACGCGAGGAGCAGCCGCGGAAGGAGACGCUGCGGCAGGGAGGAGCAGUGAGUGAGAGAGUCCGGGGCGGCCCGGGCGGCGGUGCGGAGGAGCAGGAUACGAGAGAAAUCCAAAGUCAAUCACUUUUCCUGCUGAAGUAUACCAGCGUGGGAAGGCACAGAUACUUCCAUUACUGUUUACCCUCACGCUGGCUGUGCUAUGUAGACGGCCUUUUAGUUUUUCAAAUGAAAAUGGAGGCUAUGUCACUCUCGGGCCUGGACAACACCAAACUGGAGGCCUUAGCUCAUGAUAUCUACUCAGACCUGGUGGAGGAUGCCUGUCUUGGCCUAUGUUUUGAGGUGCAUCGGGCUGUCAAACAAGGAUACUUCUUCCUGGAUGAGACUGACCAAGACAGCAUGAAGGACUUUGAAAUCGUGGACCAACCGGGUGUGGACAUUUUCGGUCAGGUUUACAACCAGUGGAAGAACAAGGAGUGUGUCUGCCCCAACUGCAGUCGCAGCAUCGCUGCCUCACGCUUUGCGCCACACCUGGAGAAGUGUCUGGGUAUGGGGCGCAACAGCAGCCGCAUCGCCAACCGCAGGAUAGCCAGCAGCAACAAUAUGAGUAAAUCUGAGAGCGAUCAGGAGGACAAUGAUGACAUAAAUGAUAAUGACUGGUCAUACGGGUCAGAAAAGAAGGCUAAGAAGAGAAAGUCAGAUAAGGUAUUUUUACGUUCUUUGAAACAACCUGUGUUAUUGAAUCCAAACUCUCCAAGAAGAUCAAAAUCUUUAAAGCAUAAGAAUGGGGAACUUAAUAAUAACGUCAACACUGACCCUUACAAGUACAACUAUAACUCCGGCAUCAGUUACGAAACCCUUGGCCCAGAAGAACUGAGGUCUUUACUGACCACGCAAUGCGGGGUGAUAUCUGAGCAUACAAAGAAGAUGUGCACGCGGUCUCUGCGGUGUCCCCAGCAUACAGACGAACAGAGGAGGACCGUCCGGGUGUUCCUCCCAGGGCCGUCCGCGUCAACACUGCCGGAUGUGGAUGCGGUGGUGGAAAGCGAUGGCUAUGAUGUCUCCGAUGGACAGGCUCUGAUGAACCGACUGCAGUGGGACGGGUCCUCUGACAUCUCUCCUUCUGACUCUGCCUCUUCAAAAGCAAGUACCAACAAUUCGGAUUCCAAGAAGCCCAAGAAAAAGAAGAAGCCUUCCCUUGGACUAAGCAGUUCCGGGACCGGAGGCACAGGAGGAGGGACCGGGGGUGGGCCUGGAACUGCGGGUAGUGGUAGUAGCUCACAGGGGGUUCUUAGCCUCCCAAGUCGUAAGAAGAAGCCGAAGUUGCCUGCACCUCCCACCCCCAGCAUCUACGAUGACAUGAACUAGCAGGAGUACACUCUCUUCAGACUCUGUCCUAAUCCAGCCUACCUUGCCCCACCCCUCCCCAUUCCAGCACCUGUGUGAAGCCAGGGGAUGAUGGACGCCAGCAACAAGUGGCAGUGCCACUGACUGGCCAAGCAAGCCUCUCAACCUGUGUCGGCUCUGAUGUUCAGCAACCUACACAAACCUGGAGUCUGAUGUCUUGAAAUGGUUCUCCUUCUCACUGUUACCCCUUAACUAUUUGGGUAACCGGGGGGUUCAGGGCUUCUUAUUGCAAAGAUCAGGUGUCGUCUGGAUCACAGCUGCUAUGGUAAUUCCAGGAUUCCAGAAUCUACAGAGAAUGUGAAUUUUGGGACGCGUGUGUGUGUGUGUGUGUCUAUAUAUAUAUAUAUAUAUAUAUA